GCGAGAUAACAUGGACUUACUAAUGUUGAACCCCCUCAUAUCCAGGGAAUAUCCUUCAUCCACAUCUCCAUCGGCAGCACUUCCUGGACGAUAACUACCCGCCAUCCCCUCCGCAUGUCUCGCAAUCGCAUUUUAACUUCGCCAUCCCACUUGACCUCCCUCCUCCGUCCAUCAACCAUCGCAACGCCUUCUCCCAGCGCUGCUCGUCUAUCGGCAAUUAGUGGACAUCUUCGCCCAUCCCCGCUAACUCAACCAGCUCAAGCUCGCAAAAUGUCCACCCCAUCGACCAUGAAAGCCGUCAUUGCGGAGAAAAUCGGCGGCCCCGAGGUCCUCGAGUUCAAAACGGACCAUCCAGUCCCCACCCCCAAGGAAGGCCAAUUGCUCGUGAAGAACAACAUCUCCGGCGUGAACUACAUCGACACCUACUUCCGCACGGGCCUAUACCAGUCCCCCAAGCCCGAGAUCCUCGGUCGCGAAGGCGCCGGCACCGUCGCUGCCGUCGGACUCGGUCCUAACCCCUUCAACUUCAAAGUCGGCGAUCGAGUCGCCUGGCUCACGACGGGCGGCUAUGCGGAGUACACGGCGGUCCCUGCGGACCGGACGGUGCGCAUCCCCAACGGCGUCAGCGAUGAGGAUGCCAUUGCUUCGUUUCUGAGUGGUAUGACCGUGCUCUCGUUCAGUAGGGAGACGUAUAACGUGCAGAAGGGCGACUGGGUGCUCUUGCAUGCGGCGGCCGGUGGCGCUGGCUUCCUCAUGACGCAGCUCCUCAAGGCUGUCGGCGCGAAGGUCAUUGGGACCGCGGGCGGUCCGGAGAAGGUAGCCUUGGUGAAGAGCUUGGGUGCGGAUGUUGUCAUCGACUACCGGAGCGAGGAGGGCAAGGACUGGGUGAAGAUUGUUAAGGAGGUGACUGGGGGGCAAGGUGUCGACGUUGUGUAUGAUUCCGUUGGAAAGGAUACCUGGGAGGGAAGUUUGGAGGCCGUCAAAAGGAAGGGCACAAUUGUUUGGUUUGGAAAUGCCAGUGGCCCGGUGCCUCCUAUUGCUUUGCCGAAACUCUCUCCCAAGUGUGUCAAGAUCGCCCGGCCAACUCUGUUCGGGUACAUCGAGACUCGCGAGGAACUGGAAUACUACGUGAACGAGCUGUUCAACCUGCUGAAGUCUGGUCAGCUCAAGGUCAAGAUCCACAAGGUUUAUCCUUUGGAGCAAGUGGCUCAGGCCCAUCGCGAUCUUGAAGGUCGCAAGACAACGGGAAAGCUUUUGUUAAAACAUGAGUAACGGGCAUGCAGUAUAUAAUUCAAUCUGAAUUUAGAGCACAUGUGAAAAGACAAGUUCGAU